CACUCAUGGAUCUUGUAGUUUUCUUUUGAGCCAGUAACUACAAACGUGUGUUUCUUGGCACAGAAAUGUCCACAUUGAAAAUACAGUGACUAAUACUGAAAGUUUUAAAAAGGCUCAAUUUUAUGUCAACAUAAACAUUAUCCAUUUAGACUCGCAGAAUCAGUAUUUCUAUGUUGUUUUACCUUGUAAAGAACUUGAAAAUACUCCAAACCCAUUUUGCACGAAAAUAUAAUUUGUGGGUAAACAGUCGCGUGCUACUUCAGGCAUUCAGUUGGGUUAGUGGUUGGAAAUGGUUUGGUUUUAGCAUUUGGGCUCCGAACAGCGCCUUUUCCACCAAACUGAGAACUUCUGGAACGAGCAGUGAUUUCAAUAAUAAUUUCUUCUCUCACUUUGCAUACUUGAAAUCUAAGACCCAGAAGAGCAAGUUAAAGUCCAAGCUCUGAAGAAUUCCAGUUCAGGAUCUUUCCCCAACUUCCCAAUAACCGAGGCUGUUUUCUAUAUGCCAUACCCUCUUUCUCUACGACCCUCAAAAAUAACUUGCAGUCUUUAGAAAACACAAUUGAAAAACCACAGGGCAUAGCAGAGGUUCCCCGCCAUUUUUGUUUCCCUUUUUCUCUUUCUGAUUGAUCCGCGGUGCUAGAAAAGGUGUCCCCUCCAAUACGUGUUGUCGUUCCCCCGCCCCUAAAAAGGUGCAACCUCACACGUGUCCCCAGGAAACCCGGCUGCAGAGAUAUAGGCCCAUCAACCAAUCGCCUCGGCCGUCUUGGAGGCCACGCCCAUCCGCCCCCUCUUUGUUGUGUAUUCCCGGAGCUGCUGCCCAAUCGCUGCGACCGCCUCUCUGGGAGGCCACACCUACUAGCUCUCCAACCCGCCUCGUGGCUGGAGCCGCCGUCCAAUCGCCGCGGCCGCCUGGCUCUGAGGCCACACCCACCAGCUCUCCUCGUGGGUACUUCGGGAGCAGCCGUCCUAUCGCCACGGCAGUCUCUCCCGGAGGCCACACCCACCAGCCCCUCCGCCCUAUCGCGCAGCCGCUUGGCCCUGAGGCCACACCCACCAGCGCCACCGCCCAAUCGUGCGGCCGCCCAAACCACGCCUACUGCCCUCCUCGUGGGCACUCGGGGGCUGGUAGCGGCGCGGGCGCACCGUCAUGAGGUUCCGCUUUGGCGUGGUCGUGCCCACCGAGCUGGCCCGCUCGGCUCGGGAGCUGUUGGUCGUGGGGUCGCGGCCCGAGCUGGGGAGCUGGGAUCCGCAGGGGGCCGUGCGCCUGAGGCCGGCGGGCGUGACGGCGGGCGCGGGGGCUCUGGCGCUGCCGGAGCCCGGCCUCUGGCUCGGGGAGGUGGAGCUGGAGCCCGAGGAGGCGGCGCCCGACGGGGCGGAGCCGGGCCGCGUGGGCACGUUCUGGUUCAAGUUCUUGAAGAAAGAUCCCGGAGGAGAGUUUUUCUGGGAAGGUAAUGGGCCUCACCAUGAUCGUUGCUGUACUUAUGAUGAAAACAACUUGGUGGAUGGUGUUUAUUGCCUCCCGAUAGGACACUGGAUUGAGGCCAGUGGGCACACCAACGAGAUGCAGCACACAGGAGACUUCUAUUUUAAAAUUGCGGCCCACCAAGCCAUGCAUUAUUCAAGAAUUCUGCAGAAUCUCUGGCUGGGCAGCUGUCCCCGCCGAGUGGAGCACGUGACCAUCCGACUGAAGCACGAGUUGGGGAUUACAGCUGUCAUGAAUUUCCAGACCGAGGCGGAUAUUCUACACAAUUCCGGGGGCUGUAAUCGCUACCAGGAACGCAUGAGUCCAGACACGCUGGUGAAACUGUAUAAGGAGGAAGGCUUGGUUUACAUCUGGAUGCCGACCCCUGAUAUGAGCACUGAAGGCCGAGUGCAGAUGCUGCCGCAGGCGGUGUGUCUCCUGCACGGGCUGCUGGAGAACGGACACACGGUGUACGUGCACUGCAACGCCGGCGUGGGCCGCUCCACGGCGGCCGUGUGCGGCUGGCUCCUGUACGUGCUGGGCUGGAAGCUGCGGAAGGUGCAGUACUUCGUCAUGGCCAAGCGGCCGGCCGUGUACAUUGACGAGGACGCCCUGACCCAGGCGCAAGAAGAUUUCUUCCAGAAAUUCGGGAAAGUCUGUGCUUCCAGAUGUCGCGUGUAGUUGGGCCAUCGGCCUCUUUCCUUGGGGGGGCCUUGGGGGCUUUUGGUACCAUGACCCAGAAACAGAGGAUCUGCCUGAAUGGGAAAGACUGUGGCCCCACCUGGCGUGUCCACGUUAGUCCGGGGCUGACGCUCCGGCAGCCUUGGGUUGAGCUGUGCCUUUGAAGUGUGUCCCAAAGAAGCUGUGACUUGUGCAUGAGGAAAUGCCUCCGAGCGCGUGGCCCUGCACUAUCCUUUGUAGCCAGAGAUGAGGGGGAUGCAUGCAGGCCCCACUGCCCCGGAAGAGAAGCCCUUUGCUUCACAGACACCGCCUCUGCCUCUGCGGUGUUCUGGGCUUCGCGGGGUUCUUCCUCCCCGCAUGGCACACAGAACGAAAAAGGCAGGGCGUCAAGAAGGUUUCUUGACUUAUGUUUCUGCCACCCAUAUGCUCCCACACAUGCACGCGACCAAGCAUGCACGCAACCACACAUGCGCGCACACACACGCGCAUGCACACGCACGCACAUGCACGCACAUGCACACGCACGCACGCGCACACACGCACACACAUAUUUCGUAGAACUGAAAUGAAGCUACUGAAUGAGAGUGGGUCAGUGGCCAAGGAAGGAAAUAGAACAAAAAGCCAGACUAUGCAGAGAGCCCCCGUGAGCACUGGACGAUGGCUGGGGGGACGUUGUUGGCUUCCUCUUCACAGUGGUUGGGGGGGCUCUGAAGCUCCCAGGCCCAGGGGGUCUCUUAGCAGUGAGUUCCUCGGUAAGCAAUGAAAACAAGAGGUGAUUCGCUUUGUCACCAGCCCUAGAGUAGCCCAAAGGCACCGAGGCCAGAAUCCCUUUGUGGAAGCAGAAUCAGAGGCCUGAUGAGAGAAGGCUGGAGCCACACUCGAGAGGAGCUCAGAGGAGCCGGAAGCUGUGAGAGAGAGCACAGUGGGCCGGGGGCUCGCCAGGUGGCAUCUGCCCCGGAGCCAGCCAGGAGUGAGCCCUGGCUGCAAAGCUAAGAGUCAGCCCUGAGCACAGUGACCGAAAACAAAGCAAAAGCAGAGAAGACCAAAAAUGCUAAGUCCUUUCCCCUAGACACGGCCCCGGAAGAGACUGUCUGCACAGAAAGCCCUACAUGGACUCAGCUGGGGAAAAUGACGGUAAAACCCAGUUUGCAGAAGCAGCCAGGGCGCGCCUCCAUUCUGGGUUGCCAAGUUUCAGUUAGGGAGGUGUAAUUCCUUUCACUUGGAAAAGACAGUUGUGUUGUUCUCUCUGGAAUGUGCGUUUCUCUUUCUCCCUCACCCUCUCUCCUCAUAUUUCCUCAAUAAAAUUGUUUUAUU